UUUCUGUGUACUGUUAGUAUUGGAUUUCGUUGUGGUUGUGCGCCAUAUUGGCAAUCUCCUCCAUCUCACCAAGCCAGAGCAUGUAUGCAUCAAGCCGGUUGUUGAGAACAAUAUAAACAUUUUACAGCGAACCCAAAAUACAACACCAUGGAGGCAGUCAAAGCAUUCAACGACGAGCUCUACUCUCUGAAUGAGUACAAGCCUCCGAUCUCCAAGGCCAAGAUGACCAAUAUUACCAAGUCUGCAAUAAAAGCUAUAAAACAGCUCUCGCAGCUCCCCCAAACCACUGAAAGUGAAGCAGGAGGAUGGGGUGGAGAGAGUAACAGAGAUAAGGGAACCCCUAACCAGCUUAGUACUACAAACAUGUUGUCCAGAGCGUGGAGAAGUUCGUUCAGAAAUGCAAGCCAGAGUACAAGGUCCCAGGCCUGUACGUCAUGGACUCCAUCGUGCGGCAGUCACGGCACCAGUUUGGCCAGGACAAGGAUGUGUUCGCCCCGCGCUUUAGCAAAAACAUAAUCGGAACCUUCCAGCACCUCUACCGCUGCCCCUCAGAUGACAAGAGUAAGAUUGUCAGAGUCCUCAACCUGUGGCAGAAGAACGCCGUCUUCAAGAGUGACAUCAUCCAGCCCCUGCUGGACAUGGCUGCAGGACUACCCCCUCCCAGUGUCACCCCUGUCAUGACCAGCAGGGAUGCUCCGGUCAACAACGCUACGCCUGGUACCCCAGCGACCCCGGCCACUCCAGCCAACAUCGUGUCCAGUCUGCCUGACUGGGCGUCUCAGUUUUCCAACACAGACACUGUAGCUGCUGUGGCCCAGAUCCUGCAGAGUCCACAGGGACAACAGCUCCAGCAGCUGGUGCAGAGUCUGCAGAUGCAGCAGCAGAAGCCCCAGCCGUCUCUGCUGCAGGCACUGGAUGCAGGCCUGGUGGUCCAGCUGCAGGCCCUGACGGCCCAGCUCACUGCUGCCGCCUCAGCCAACCCCAUCUCCUCCUUCAACAAGAAAAUGUUGGGUCAUUUUGACUUUGGGAAUGAUUCAGAACGCUCUGAAGACUCCAAAAAGGACUCGCAAUCAUCCCAGAUGCCCAUGAUGUCUGACUCCAUCUUCCACCAGCUGGCUGAGCAGCUGCAGCAGCAGAACCUAGAGCAGUUACAGAAGCAGCUCAUGGAGCACCAGCAGAAGGAUGGAAUCUUUGGGUCUGAGAACACACCCCAGCAGAGCAGCAGCCAAUCACAGCACCCGGAGCCAGACAACAAGAUGGAUGACUCCAUUGACAACCAGCAGCAGGACAUGGACCUGGAUGACGGGCCAGAGAUAGACGAAGAGAUCUUCGAGCCAGAGGACAAGAAGUCCAAGACGAUUGACAUACAGUCAAGAACACGGUCCAGGUCACGAUCGAGAUCUCCCAGGAAGAGACGGUCCAGAUCACGGUCAGGCUCUCGGAAACGGAAACAUCGCAAGCGAUCGCGGUCACGCUCCAGAGAACGGAAGAGGAAGUUGUCGCGGUCCUACUCCAGCGAGAGACACGCCCGCGAGCUAGAGAAAGAGCGGCAGAAGAAAGGACUGCCUCCAAUCCGAUCCAAAUUUCUCAGUGUGUGCAGCACCACUCUGUGGGUGGGACAGGUAGACAAGAAGGCCACUCCGCAGGACCUCACCAAUCUGUUUGAAGAGUUUGGUCAGAUUGAGUCUAUCAAUAUGAUCCCUCCCCGUGGCUGUGCCUACAUCUGUAUGGUCCACAGACAGGAUGCCUUCCGCGCCAGACAGAAACUCAGCACUGGUUCAUACAAGGUCGUCUCCAAGGUCAUUAAGAUCGCUUGGGCGCUGAAUAAGGGAGUGAAGCAGGAGUAUAAGCAGUUGUGGGACAUGGACCUGGGGGUCACCUACAUCCCCUGGGAGAAGGUCAAGCUGGACGACCUGGACGGCUUCGCUGAGGGAGGCAUGAUCGACCAGGAGACUGUCAACGCCGAGUGGGAAGCAGCCAAAAAUGCACCAGAGCCAGUGAAGGAAGUGGUGAGCCAGGCUGUUAGCGCUGAACCCAUGGCAGCCACUAAUACCCAACAGACCCAACAAAAGGCCUUCAUCAAGCAAGUCUCCAUGAUGCCUGUGCAGCUCCCUGUGGCCCAGGCUGUCCCUGCUGGGGGUCUUGUGCCUCCAUCCUUCCCUGUUUCCAUGACAAUGCCCCCGCCAGGCUAUGGCCCCCCGCCCACCUUCCUCAGAGCAGGGUUCAACGCCUCCCAGCCUCCUCCAGGUUUCAUGCAGGCAGCAGGUGUUCCUCAGCAAGCAGGCAUGGGCUCAGCUCCUACAUCUCUGGUGCAGCCCUCCAUGUCGCAGGCUCAGGACAGCAUGAAGGACUCCCCGUACGGAGCCACUGUCCCAGGAAGCUUCAUGCCCUCUGCCAUCCCUGGACAAGGGGUCUUCAACCCGCUUCAACCUGGAGUCCAGACGCAGCAAGGAGCCAAUGACAAGACGGGCCAAUCUGCUGAUGGCAUGGACGCUGCUGCAGAGUUAGUACUGCAAGGUAUGCAAAAUGCAAUGAGUCGUCGUAUGGGUCUUCUGGGGAUGCACCCCUCAGCCUCCCUCACCCACCCCCUACACCAGCAGGGCCUGCCUGGCCAGAGGAUGCCUGGGCUAAUGCCGCUGGACCUCCGGCCUAGUAUGCUCCAGGGAGCCGGGGCCCGCUUCCCCCUCAUGAUGCAGCAGGGACUGUCCCAACAGAGCGUCCUGGAUGCCUCCCUCCAUGCACAGGCCCGCGCCAGAGCGGCCUCUCAGAUGGACCACUUCAACAGGGCCGAGGGGGCCUUCAACCGGGGUCCCAACGCCCCAAACGAAAACAUGUCUAAGGCUGAGGACCAGCCUUCCUCUCGGGCAGACGAGAGCCAGCAGGGGAGGGACCAAGACUACCGCUUCCCCCCGCCCCAGGAGAAGCAGAGCAUGGGCCUGCUGAGGACACCUCCCCCGGAGCACAGAGAGUCCAUGGGUGGAGGUGGACAUGGUGGGGGAGCUGGUGGUGGGGGUGCUGGUGGUGGGGGUAUGGGCGGAGGAGGCAGACCUGCCCUGCUCCAGACCCCAGUGAGGGAGCCAGCUAGAGACAGUGUGGUAGGGCGGCUUCAGGCCCUCGCCGGCUUCACCCCCCAGACCCAGAGUCGCUGGGGGCCACCUAGAGGGGACUUUGAUGAGCGUGACAUGCGAGGCUCACCGGCGGGGGUCUCCAAGGGCUUCCAGGAGGAGCGCCUUGGCUCCAACCAGGGGCAGAACUUUCCCAACCGCUUUGAGAACCAGCACCGCGCUGGGGCAGGAGGAGUAGGUGCUUGUGGUCCUGGUGGCAGGGGUGUUGGAGGGGGCCCGGCGUGGAGUCGUGGUGGAGCUAAUGCUGCAGCACCGUUCGCUGAUGCUGACAUGCCACAGGACUUGGAUGAGCACCGGCGCCCUUGGGACAGGCAGCAACGGGAGAGGGACGACAGGGAAUUUGACUUAAGGAAGGAGAUGAACGGCAACCGCCGUGAGAGAGAUAGCCGCGAGAAAGAACGGGAGAGGGAGAGAGAGCGGGACCGGGAGAGAGAAAGGGACCAUGGCCGUGAGCGUGGCAACCGUGAACGAGAGCAGGAAUGCAACCGGGAGAGAGAGCGUGAAAAGGAGAGGGAGAAGGAUCGGGAGAGAGAACGUGAGCGGGACCGUAACAAGCGUGGAGCCUGGACACCUCUUCUCCCUCUACCACAACCCCUACUUCCUACUCCUACCCUGACCCCAACACUCUCCCUGACCCAAGGCAAAUCUCAGGCCCUGCUGCAACUACAGUCCAGGCUUCAACCUAAACCUGGACUCCUAACUAAACCGGGUCUGCUUCAAACUCCAACCCUCCUAACUCGGUCAACAUCUCAAGCCCCAACCAAGUUCCUUCAAGCCCCAUCCCAGUCUCCAACUCAAGCCAAGAAUGAAGCCCUCCCCGGGCCUGAGCCCCAGACAGAGUCCCAGUCCUCUACCCAGACCCAUGCUACCCCCAAGUCUGAGUCCUCACCCCAGACCCAAUCCUCUCCUCAGAACCAGUCAUCACCCCAAAACCUGGUUUCCCCUCAGGCCCAAUCGCCGUCCCCUCCCCAGGCCCAGGCCCUGUCCCCACCACAGGCCCUGUCCCCACCAUCGGCACAGUCGCCCCCCCAGGCCCUGUCCCCACCACCGGCACAGUCGCCACCCCAGGCCCCAUCGCCACACCAGGAGAUCACUGACACCCAGGAAGAGCCAGAGAAUCCCCUUUGGGCCAACAAGCCAGAGAAACCCCAGGAAGAACCCAUGGAAGAGCCUGAACCCAUAGAGGAACCUCCAUCUCAGUUGGUCUAUGGGACGGGGUUGAGGAUGGACACUGACGUAGUGGCUGAGCCCACACCUGAACGGGCUCCCACCCCUACCCUCUCCCCCACUCCUGCCCCACUCCUCACACACCGCUCUGAGGAACCCCAAUGCCUGCCGGAGCUCCUGGACGUGCAGCAACCACCACAGCAUGCCUCCUCCUCCUCUUCCUCCUCCCCUAAGGACAAUGGACUGAGUGAGCCGAUGGAGGAAGCUGAGAAACAGCCAGUGGUAGAGCAAACUGACACUGAGGGGACAUAAUCAUCACUCAGUAGGUAAAGAUCAUUUUGUAAAGUUGUCUCUUCUCUGUACUCAUGUCAGCCACCCACGGGACCCUGGGUAGUAAUUUGCAUAAUAUUGUCUGAUGACCUAACAACCGAUUUUAUUUCUCACAUAACGGUGUACUUCAAUAGAUGGCUCGCUAGCUGAUUAAAUGGUAGGUGAUUAUGUUUUUCAUUAUUUUAUUUCUUUGUUUUUUUUUAGUUGUAAUGCCACCCCACGGUUUAAAGCUUGGUGAAUUUUAAUGAAAAUUGCUUGCCAAAAUGUUUGAAUUGUAAAUGACAAAAAGAGCUUUGACCUUCCUAUGGAAGAGUGUACGGAUCCUGGCUGUUUCCACUGAAUUGAAUCCAGAUGAGGGAAUACUUGAAAACUGCAGUCACUGGCCUGUUUUGUCUCUUCUUUUAAAAUAUGCUGCAGCAAACUUUUAAAUGAAUGCCUUUGUGGUGUCCUAUAUGCUUCUGGUCUAUAAGCAGAAUAUAGCCUACAUACAGUAAGAACCGUACAGUUGCUUUUAAAAAGGAACAUCCUAAAAGAUUAAAAACAUGACCUGUGUUAUCCCCAAAAGAAAUGUCUGUGAUUUGUUCAUCAUAAUGCAGUGAUUCAAAGGACAAAGUAAGCCAGAGAGAUAAAAAAAAUAUAUAUAUAUAUAUACACAUGUAUGUAUGUAUAUAUAUAUAUAUUUUUUUUUUUAAAGGAUGGUGGAUGUUGGGUGCAUUCUGUUUUAGUUUGAAAUAAACAUGCUUUGUUUGUUAACAAAUGCUUUAGGACUGUAUUUUCUGACCCAGGACCAGUGGAAUAAUGUUUUACACACAGACUAUAUGCUUUUUGCGGUGGUGUCACAUACAAACAGCUGUGUCACUACAGUAGUUAGACCAUUGACUUGAUGUUGUCGUACCCCAUUAAGUCAGGCAGGAUGUUAAAGUGCCUAAACCGCUCUUUAGUUUGUUGUUUGCGACCAUGGAUUCAUUUGUUAUGUUAGUUUCUGCGCACUCUGUACUUCCCUAUACUUUUGUUUGGUGGGUGACUUUGGGAUCGGAUUGUGCCUUCUUGAUUUGAUUAUUGUUCAGCAUAAUGUCACCAAAUACACCACACUAUGCUCAACGUGCUGCUUUGGUUUCCCUGAGACUGUACAACCCCCAGAGAGACAGCAGUCUGUCCAGCAAGUUGACAACACAGACAAUUAUCUCCUUUGUCUGUGUGAUCAUAGCUGAGCAGCCUAUACACCAUUUAGCCUAUGUAUAUGGGGAACCAACCAGUCUGUUUACUCCAUCGUUGUGUGCAUGCCGGCCUGUAGCCAUUUAUUAUCCUUUGUCUUGUUCAUUUCAUACUUACAUUUACAUUUACAUUUACGUCAUUUAGCAGACGCUCUUAUCCAGAGCGACUUACAAAUUGGUGCAUUCACCUUAUGAUAUCCAUACUUCUUCAGUGCAUUUCUGUUGCGACACUAUACUACCAGGACAGGUUCAAUAGUCUGAAGUUCUCUCAGAGAAGCAAAUGUUAUAAGAGUUGUGAAGUUGAAUAAAGUUGAAGGUAAAUCAGCA